GAAAACUCUUGGUGGUCCAGACAGAAGAUAAUUCUGCUGCACCUGACGUUCUACCAAAGCAGUUUUUAUUAGGUAAUAUUUGAAUGAAAUCUUAUCUGCAGUAGUGUGAGAUAAAUCAAGUUUGUAAAUGCUUCAACAUAUUUCCUCCAUCGCCUCCUCGUCAUGGACAGGUAAGGGUUCACUUCAGUAGGUACGACUAAAAUAUUUUAAUCUUUCCAACACAGAGACCUGUUUUUACAGGCUAUUACCCGAGCUGUGUUCGUAUGCUUCCAAGAACAACAACAAAAAGAAAAAAAAGAUUUUAUCAGGGAACUGAGUAUAAACACAGCGGUGCUAGGCAAUAAGUGCUGGUUAUUAUUGUUUGACUGCUGCAGAACCAAAUAACAGCUCAAAUGAAUCACCUCUUCCACUUCUGACUGCCUCAAUAUGAGACUCAAACCUCUAAAGUUACAGCCUUUCUCACUCUACUCUACACCGAGGGUGGGCAAACAUUUUGACUCGCAGCUUAGAAUGGGUUCGAAAAGUUGACGGGUGGCCAGGCCAACGGCAGAUUGAUGGAGUGUCAGUGUACGCUAAGACAAACGUCAUAUAAAAGCCAUACAUAAAUGCCUUUGGCCUCCUUCUUGUGGCAGCUGAUAUUGUAUUGUUUGAAAACCACAACAGUUUCUUGGCUUAUCAGACAUACAGCUGUUGAUCAGACUUCAGAGGUAGUUUCCCAGGUCUACACUAUCCAGUCCACUGUUUAAUCUCUCUGGCUUUUUUUAUUGCAAUGUGAACUUGUGUGACUCUAAAAAGGAUACAACACAGUGUUUAUCCCCUUUAUCUUCCUGUCUUGUCAUUUCCUUUCAGCUGAGAAGUCAUGACGCAAUAGUGACAAAAACCCUGAAGACAGCGAAUGAAUAAACAGGCACUGUGGUCUUGUUUAGUUUAGUUGUAGAUGUUAUGAAUUUGUGCCUAAGUGUGUGCGGUCAUAAUCACAGUGUAUCGAGUAGGGGCUGUUGUUUGUGUUUCUGUUUGGUUAGUAAUCAGAGUAAGACUGGAGGCUUCACCCACUCAGGCUUUGGUUGCAGGUUGACUUACGUGGGCUGGUAAUUUGGUGGUGUUUAUCAUGGACAUUACCAUAGCUGUGACUGUGCCAGUGUUGGAACUGCUUCCAUCUGUGUUGAGUGGAUGCUUUGGAGUGGAAAAUGCUGCGUUCGCAGUUCUUAAGGUCAAGUAUGUGGUGUGUGUGCGACAUAAAUAAAAUUGUCAUGACUGAUUUCGUUGACCCAUCCUGGUCACUGGCCUGUGUCUGUGUCAACUGCUCAGGGUUAACAAAAUGUUAUCAAUGUGAUGAAAGGAUUAUUUACAGCGUGGAGCCAUUUAAAAUAGAUAUCGUAUGAACUUUAAAUGAGCUUUUCUUACAGAUUGUUAAUAAAACCUCUUCAGUAUCUAUUAAAGCUGGGUGAUAUAUUGAGUUUUUACAAAUAUCUAUAUAUUUUACAUAUAAAUGUAUGUCCCUUAUAUUGAUGAGUAUGAUAAUGUUUAAAAGUUAUAUUUAAAAUUUGCCAAUUUCUGGCUCUUUUUUCCUUUAUUCUCCAACAUCGUCAUCUAUUUCUGUUACAGUUUACCUGUCGUUUAUACUGUUUAGACUUAUUUAUGUACCUAAGAUGUGAGUGUAAAAUAGGUAAUUUUCUUAUUUAAUGUUUAUGAUCAUUGUUAUGUUCUAGUCUGUUGGAGGUUUGUUCAGUAAAGGAUGUUAUUCUUUUUUGUACUGUGAACUCUCUACACAGACGUGUGGCUCAUCAGUUUCAUCAUCGUAUUAUUAUCAUAGGUUUUAUGUAGUUAACGCUGUAAUCACACUCUGCUCUGAAGUUGCCAUGACACCACGAUAGACUGCAUGUCAACAUGUGGUGAGGUAUGUGGUGUGGUAGUAAAGCUUAUGUAAAAGUUCGGAAGAUUUGCAUCAUCAUCAUCAUCACAGUCAUCGUCACCUUUGUCUCGUUUACCGUAUUUGACACAAGACUCAGUUGUUUUGAAAAUCAUGUUGAGCUGCUUAAUGUGAUAGUAAUUGGCCUCAGGGAGAAUUGAAUAGAAUCCAGUGCAUGUUUAGUGGCAGUGAUUGCCCAACCACUGUGCUGCGGUACAUUAGUGUGCCGUGAGACAUCUAUCUAAUUUCACAUAAUUGGUCUGAAAACUAUUAUUUAUUUACUGCCAAUAGUUUGUCUUGGUUCGUCCGUGCAACAGUGACAGGCAGAACUAUUAACGACUCUUCCACAAGUGGCAGCAGAUGGCUGUAAUAACUAAAGGGAGAGGGAGAGACUGUUGACCAUCUCCCUUUGUGUCUUUCUUCAAUUCCUGCAAACAUGUAAGCAUUGUGUCCAACUAAACAGGCCCAGGUUUCAUACUGAGUGGGUAAAUUGAAACUGGAAGAUCAUUAUAUUUCAUAGGAAUUAUUUUUGUGGUACUUUUGUGUGGUGGUGCACUGUGGGAUAUUUUUAAUGUAAAAGUAACAGCUGUGUCUUAAAAAAGAUUGGGACAUGCUGUUUCCUGUGUUACUGGUCUUAUUGGUGUUUGGCAGAUGGUUCUUUUUUUUCUUUCUUUUUUCUUCUUAUUUAUUAUGUUUCAUUGAGGAUCUUGACGAAGCCAGACACCCUGUAAGAUCUUUCCAUUUUCUCUCUUCAAUCCAGCGUUCUGUGGGUUCCCUGCAUAUACACUUGAGAUUCCUGUCUUUCAUUAAGCUCAGUGUGGGGCUCAGCUGUUGGUCGCCACUGCCCAUCUGUCUUUGUGUCUGAGUGAUGUCGUCGGGGUCAGGUCUGGGUUAUCUCCCCUUAUUACUCACAAUGAGAUUAUAUGAUUCACACUGAAAAAUAGAUGGAGGAAAGUGGAGGAGAAAGAAAGCAGUACAUUUGGAUGUUGGAGAUACAGCCGUGUACUGUAUGUACUAUUAUCUGAUAUCUGUUUCUCUAGCUGUCAGCACUGUACGGACAGCGUUGCUGGUAUUCUUGAUAUUCUACUACUGUAGCAAAUGGAGAUCUCUCCCUGUGAACAUAGUUUGUGGUUUGUCUCUCUUGGAUGUUGUAUUCAGCCAAGACGAUGUAUUUUUGUCUGCACUGAGUCAACUGUGGAAUCUCCCUGUUUUAUUGUUGCUGCUGAAAUUCUCCUUUUUUGUACUUCUUUUUUCCACAGUGACUCUGCUAUUUGCAGCCUCACUCAUCUCUUAAAGCUUCAGAGACAUUCACUGUCUUCGGUCACGGUGUGGUGACUUGAGGACUGUGAUUGAGGACGGAGACAAAUUCAGGAUGCUCCGUGGUUUGGAAUCCUCCCAGUGACAAGGCAUAAAGUAUGUCAUCAGUUUGAGUCGGACCCCGGGCGAAGCGGCUGAGAAGCUCUCUGCUCUGACGUCCUGCUGCCAUUUUCCACAGCCUGAGGGGAACCAGGGAUCUGCUGCCAGGAGCCAUGCCUGCCCUGGCCACUGGAGCCGGCCAUGAGCCAGGUCUGUAUGAGCUGCUGGCAGCACUGCCCUCUCAGCUGCAGCCUCAUGUCAGCAGCCCAGAAGACAACACCUUCCUCCAGGACAUGUUUGGUGAGAGGAGCCUCCACUCCCUCAUCAAGAUCCACGAACGUCUGCAGCACUAUGAAGAAACCAAACCCGUCCCUGUCCUGGACAACGCUGCAAGUCUGGCCCAUAACUUGUGCGAGGAGCUGGAAGGACGACCAGGAAGUGGGGAAAUUAGAGAGCUUCUCAAACUACUGUCCAAACCCCACGUCAAGAGUCUCCUGACGAUCCAUGACAUGGUUGCCUUAAAGAGUUACGACCCUGAACUACCUCCACUACCUGAUGAUCUCGAUGACGAUGAGGACUCAGUAAAAAUCAUAAGACUGGUCAAAAACAAGGAGCCUCUGGGUGCAACAAUAAUGCGGGACGACCACACGGGUGCCAUUCUCGUGGCCCGGAUCAUGAGAGGAGGAGCGGCCGACAGAAGUGGACUGAUUCAUGCUGGGGAUGAACUGAAGGAGGUCAAUGGAAUACCCACAGACGACAAGAAACCAGAGGAAAUCAUUCGGAUUCUGGCCCAGUCACAGGGAGCUAUUACUUUUAAAGUUGUUCCCGGCACCAAGGCUGAGACGCCAACCAAGGAGCCAAAGGUGUUUGUAAAGGCACUCUUUGACUAUGACCCUAAAGAGGACAGUGCUAUUCCAUGUAAGGAGGCUGGACUGGCCUUUAAGAAGGGCUCUAUUCUUCACAUCAUGAGCCAAGAUGAUGCAACGUGGUGGCAGGCCAAAAUUGAAGGUGAUGCUAGCCCCCGAGCUGGCUUAGUCCCAUCCAAACAGUUCCAGGAGAGGAGAUUUGCUAUGAGGAGACCUGUUGCAACUCUGCAGUUCCACAGGGCAUCAAGCAAGAGAUCAUCUGGAUUCAGGAGAAGCUUCCGCCUCAGCAGGAGAGACAAGAAGAAGACCAACAAGUCCAUGUACGAGAGCAAGAAGAGCGAGAUGUACGACAUGGCUGACGUGCCCACGUACGAGGAGGUCACCCAAUACCGCAGGCCGAGCGGAGCUAAACACAGACUGGUGGUCCUCAUCGGACCCACUGGUGUAGGCUUGGCUGAGAUGAAGAGGAAGCUGUUGAUCUGUGACCCCCAGCACUUUGGCGUCCCUAUCCCACACACGAGCCGGCCCAAGAAGAGCCAGGAGAGUGACGGCGUGGAGUACCACUUCAUCUCCAAAAGUCUCUUUGAGGCCGACAUUCACAACAACAAGUUCAUCGAAUAUGGCGAAUACAAAGGGAAUUACUACGGCACGAGCUUAGACUCCCUCCGCUCCGUCGUCUCCAAGAACAAAGUGUGCCUAUUUGAUGUCCAGCCUCAUGUCAUAAAGCACCUGCGAACGGCAGAAUUCAAACCCUUCGUCGUGUUUGUGAAGCCACCGUCGGUCGAGAGGUUACGAGACACCAGGAAGAACGCUAAAAUCCUAACGGGCAAAGACGACAAGGGGUCCACCAAGCUGUUCACGGAGGAGGACUUCGAGGAGAUGGUGAUCACGGCUCAGUCCAUGGAGAGCCAGUAUGGUCAUCUGUUCGAGAAGGUCAUCGUAAACGAUGACCUCACGGCGGCCUUCGGCGAACUGCGGUUGGCGCUAAAGAAAAUUGAGGCCGAGACUCACUGGGUUCCUGUCAGCUGGACUCACUCCUGAGACCUGUGCACCCGCACUACUGUGAAAAGGAAAAGGGAAGGGCUCUGACAGAAAGAAGUGAUUUUUUUUCAUAUCAGAGGGAUUAUGGGAAAAAAACAAAAGUAUUGUACAAAACUGCUGUGUCACCAUACCUGAGGUGGACGCAGAUAAAAAUCAGUUUGGAUCUCGGCUGCGGUCUGCACACGAGUCUACAUGUCUGACCAGAUCUGAUGCAGCUCAAGCUCGACGACCUCCGUCCAAAAUGUGGGUGUUGGACGUCCAACUGUUGGUCCUCAACCAUGGUCCUAAACUGGAGCAUUUUAGUCCAAACCAGAAUGUGGAAGGAACCUGGAUUCUCGUAGCACCAGCAGUCCUGCAAGCAUAUCAGCCGCACCACAACCAGGACGUUUUGUUUUUUAGAUGAUUUAUCACCUUAGAGCAAUAGAAACCAAAGGGAUCGAUGUAGCUUUGUCCCCGGGGACAACAUACACACAUACAUGCGUCCAUGUGUCAAAGACCACCAUCUCUGAAGGGAAAAAUGGGAGAGAAGACGAAACGUUCGCCUUGUUUUGCUAAACAUCAGUGCUUCUUAUGAUCUUGAACCCAAACAAAACACUUUCAGGGUACACUCUCGUGCAAAAAAAAGGCAAUAAGUGUAAUUUAAUUUAAGAGAAAUUAAUAUAUUUUCUUAUGACUUCCAGUUUUUAUUUCCAUACCUUUUCUAAACAGGUCUCGACUUCCAGAGAGUCCCGCUCUGGACGCUAGCCUCCACUGACAGCCUCGUGCACCAGAGGCGUCUCUUCUUUCAGCUCGGUGUUUUGCUUUCAUCACGCCGGGGCUACUUUUCCGUCUACAAAGCUCAUAAAAAGCUUUUUUAUUUAGGUGUUAUAUAUUCCAUUUA